UGUACACUUCAAACUAAUGUAUCGUUACUUUACUUGUUUAUGUUAUUGUCUUUGCUUGUAAUUUUAGUGUGUAAUCUUUGUACCUAUGAAUUUGGGCGGUUUUUUGCGGCUUACCAAAGCAGGCUCCGUGUGCUUUGGGCCACAUGGUGUUAGAUAACCGGCUUGACUUCAAGACAUGCGCCAGUUAACUGAGAGCUAGCUUUACGGGAGCGCCUGUAACAUUUCAGUAGUCGGUUGUCUUGCUCAACGGUCAGGAAUGUCAGCUGCCAACAACAGCGGAGAUCGACUCAACCAGUUCAAAAACAAAGGGAAAGAUGUCAAUGAGCAAAGGCGGAGAAGAGCGGAAGUCAACGUGGAGCUUCGGAAAGCCAAGAAAGAUGAUCAGAUCUUGAAGAGGAGAAACGUCCAGAGCCCUCUGGACGAGCCAACCUCUCCUCUCCAAGAGAAAGAUCCCAAUGCACAGCCUCUUCAGCACUGGUCUGUAGAGGAGAUUGUGCGAGGUGUGAACAGCCAGAAUCUAGAUCACCAGCUUCAGGCCACGCAGGCAGCCAGGAGGCUGCUCUCCAGAGAAAAGCACCCACCUAUUGACAGCAUUAUAGGUCCUGGCCUCAUCCAAAAGUUUGUACGUUUUCUGGCAUUGUCUGAAUGCCCCCCUAUCCAGUUUGAGGCAGCUUGGGCCCUAACCAACAUCGCCUCAGGUACCUCAGAGCAGACCACUGCUGUAGUGGAAGGAGGGGCCAUCCCAGCCUUCAUCAACCUUAUGUCUUCUCCCCACCCACACAUCAGUGAGCAGGCCAUUUGGGCCCUGGGCAACAUUGCAGGUGAUGGACCCAACUACAGAGACCUAGUGAUUAAACAAGGGGGUCUUCAACCACUGUUAUCCUUGCUGGCAGCCCCUGACCUGUCUGUGAUUCCUUCUACCUACCUGCGCAAUGUCACCUGGACGCUGUCCAACCUGUGUCGGAACAAGAACCCGGCACCACCUUUGACAGCGGUACAGCAGCUACUUCCAGCUCUGGUGCGCCUCCUGCACAGCGACGACAGGGAGGUUCUGGCUGACACCUGUUGGGCCGUGUCCUACCUGACCGAUGCUUCCAAUGAGAGGAUAGAGGUGGUGGUGCAGGCUGGCCUGGUGCCACGCCUGGUACAGCUGCUAGCUUGUGGGGAGCUCUCCAUUGUGACUCCAACCCUGCGGUCAGUUGGCAACAUUGUGACUGGGACAGAUGAACAGACUCAGUGUGUCCUGAAUGCAGGUGCCCUGGCAAUGUUCCCCAGCCUGUUGCGCCACCACAAGCCCAAUAUCCAAAAAGAGGCAGCUUGGACAGUGUCCAAUAUCACCGCUGGCAAGGACACCCAGAUCCAGGAGGUUAUCAAUGCUGGCCUGAUACCCAUCCUAGUGGAGCUCCUACAACAGGGAGACUACAAGACCCAGAAGGAAGCAGUGUGGGCUGUCACCAACUAUACCAGUGGAGGAACAGUGGCGCAAGUGGCCUACCUGGUUCAGUGCAACGUGCUGGAGCCUCUGCUCAACCUACUGACAGUCAAAGACAGCAAAAUCAUCUUGGUCAUCCUGGAUGCAGUCACCAGUAUUUUAACGGUAGCACACACAACCGGUGACAUUGGGAAAGUGUGCCUAAUGAUUGAGGAGUUGGGUGGUUUGGACAAGAUUGAGGGACUGCAGACCCAUGACAAUGAAGCUGUCUACAAGUCAUCGCUCAACAUCAUAGACAGAUUCUUCUCUGACGGGAAUGAAGAUGAUGAGUCUGUGGUUCCUGAAGCCACUGCAGAGGGCUAUACCUUCCAGAUCCCUGAAGAUCAGAGCACUUUCCAGUUUUAACGUGUCUAGUUUGUUCUAAUGUAACCUAUUAAAAAGAAAAUUCUUUCCUUUUUUAAUAUUUUUGUAUUUUUUUAGACAUUUCAUCUGUGUCCAUGACAGUACAAGGAUAAAAUAUUCCUGUUUUUAAAUAAAUAUUUGUAAAUAAAUUCCAUUUGU